AUGCCCAACAUUCUAUGCACCGGUGAAGAGUGGGAUUGUGGAUUGUUAUGCAACAUCUACGAAUAUGUGCGAGAUGUGCGAGACGACCAAGGGUCUCCAGCUGCGGGUUUCCUGUCAUCGUCGAAGGCGAAGGCAUCAGUUGCGGCCAAGGGACCCUGGGCAAGGCUGGAGGAGCAUUACUCCGUAGUUCCAAGCCAGCUCCUUAGCCUUUGUCUUUCUAUUUCGCUGCUGUUCUACUGGCUCAACCCAGGAAAUCAGCGUCGUGUGACGAUCUGCGCGAAGAGAGUUCUCCGUGGGGACCAAAGGAAAGCGGUACAGCGUAGAAGCUACAGAAACUGUCCGUGGUUCUGGGCCCUCGUCAUUGCGCAGGGAUCACGACAGCACGCGGAUGAAGGCUGUAGCUGUGUGCUGCCUCUCCAUGGAUGGAGCAGCAGCGACGUCUCCCCACAUUGUCGGCCAGCUGGAUCGCUGGGUCUAGCGCCUGACGACGCCCAGCGAUGGGCCGGUGCUGCCGGUCCAGCAGCCCCAAUUCGCCCCCUCCCCGCCACUCCUCAGCAGCUCAAUGCUUCUCGCCCGCCGGUUCCAAGCAGCGACGGCCUAGCAGCGCGCACCGCGACCUGUCCACCAGUCAUAUAUCCCCGGGGGAUCUUCGACGGUACCAAGGCGCCCGCUGCCAUUGUCCACCUUACUCCGCGUUCCCUGUCAUUGUUCCUUCAGCUACAAGGCGUGAGCGAGACUCGAGGGAGCACGGUUCUCCUGUCGCUUGCUGUCAACCAACCCCAUCCGCCUCCAGGUCGGACAAGCCGCCACCACGUCUCCUGCUGGUCCUGCCAAUUCGUGGCUAGUUCUCCUCUCCUCCAUCCCCUUCCAUCGCGCUGGGAGCCCUUUUUCCAUUCUGCUUCUUGCCGAUGUCCUGCGGACUCUGAGUCGCCCAUCUUUGCUGUUGCUUGCCAUCUCGGCCCUUUCGAUAUCUACCACUUACUGCCUUCGCGACUUCUUCGGGCGCGGAGCUUCGACCCGACAGGCUCGGCGGGUUCAAUGUGA